UCUAUUAAAAAAUAAGAAAAAAUAGCAUGUGCUUACACACAUCUAUACAAGACCAAGAAAGAGGGGUUUGAGGUUAUUACAUCACUUUUGGCUACUGAGUCUCGAAUUUGGGCGAAUCAAAAGAGGGAUUACACCGCCAAGACCGAGCAUAUUUGGAGACUACAAGGAAGAGAAAGGCAAUUCAGGGAUGCUAAAGUGCUUCAGAUCGAGUAAUCGGAGUUAGUAUCAUGAAAGUAUUGGCAGCUGAUGGUUUGGGCUUUGCUGUACCAAUUGACUCUGUUAUCAAGAUUAUAGACAACUUCAAGAAAAGGGGGAGAGUUAUUCGACCUUGGUUGGGUUUGAAAAUGCUCGAUCUAAACGAUAUAGUUGUUGCACAGCUUCAGGAAAGAGAUCCAUCUUUUCCAAAAGUCAACAAGGGAGUUCUUGUAUCAAUGACUCUGAAGCGAAGGGAGGUGGUCCCGAGCAUAGCAUCAGGUGACCAAGUAUGCGAUCCUAUCUGUGCAGAUUUCCCAACAGCACCAAUAAAAAGUAAAAUACAAAUAAGAGUUAUGGCAUUCAAUCUCAUCUGGUUUGAAAUGGCAAAUAUCGAUGCUGCCACGGGCUAUGUGGGGACAACUUGUAGUUUAGCAUAGUUGGAUCUGGGCAGCUGGCAACAUGACAGCUUUGUUGCUUCGCCAACUUUGUAGAUUGUUCUUUUCUGGUGCAGGAGUAGGUUCACUUUUACAGAUCCUUAGGCCAGAUAUUAUGUGCACUACACCUGUGCAAGGGCAACUCUGGUAGUUGUCACAACCCUUUGUAACCCUGUUUAUAAAAGGUUAAAGACUUUCCAUUUAAA